GCGCGGAAGUGGCGGAUAAAGACCUCGCUCGACCUGGUGCAUUGAGUGAUACUAUUCAUUGGUAUCGGGCACGGCCGAUUGUGCUUUUUUGAUUGGAGGGAGAUUGCUUCUCAUUAACAUUCUUUUGGGCAGACUUCUCAACAGAGUGAGCGGGUCUCAACAGAAACAAGAAUUUGGAGCUCCUCACUGACGAUUCACGACAUUGAUAAAGAAAUCCCAGUCAAGGACUUCCUGAUUAUAUGAACCUUCUCUCUUUCUUACCGAAAGCUGAUAUCAUCUACAGUUCCUUAAAAGCUAGACCAUUCCUGCAUUUAUUCAUCGCGAUGGUGGGGACAUCCAUCUGGCAUUACAUUCUGAUCCGUACAUCCAUAUUCCUCCUGUCACUGAUCGCGCCGCUGAGCACUCUCUAUUCGUUAGUCAGAGCGGUCUUCCUUCUACCUCUACACUUCCCCCGCGUGCUUGAGAUAUGGCUCGCCCUGGAAGCGGUAUUCUACCUGGCCUUCUAUUUACCGCGCCAAGCCCACCUCCAGAAAGCCGCGGUACAUCCCCCGACGGCCUGCCGAAAAGACAGACGGAGGCUUUUUCGCCAGUGCAACAACAACAUUCCGGAACCGGAACAAUAUUUGACGAAGUGGUUCCAGGAUGCGACUCUGACCGAGAUAAAGCGGGAAAACUUGAAAGACUUCUUCCGGUGGGCGUUCCUAAACACAGGAGAGGUUGACCCCGCAUAUGACGGAGAACUUGAGGAGUACGUCGGACAGAUGGAAAAAUUGUUGGGAAGGAAGGUGGAACCUGGGCGCGGCAACGUCAAGUGUCUGAGAUUGACGCUUGAUAAGGUCGAGAUGCUGCACCGGAGCUUGACGUGGUACCUGUGUGUGUUUGUUGUCGACACAGUAGCGUGGUUCUAUUUGCGCCACUACUCGUUCCAAUUUCACCGUACCUCUUUCCUUGCGGUCUUCCCCUUGCGUCCCUUUUCUCUACUCGCCACCAAUCGCUCCCCCGCCAAGACGCUUACUUACUGGCACCGGCCACACACAUCUAAGACGAGGCUUCCCGUCCUAUUUAUUCACGGCAUUGGCAUCGGACUGUACCAGUACAUCGAUUUCUUGGCUGACCUUAACGCUGAAAAUAGCCAGAGUUCGCCGGAUGGACAGGUGGGUAUCAUCGCGUUGGAGAUCUUGUCAGUGAGCUCCAGGAUAACUGGCGAGGCAAUGGCGAAAGAUGAAAUGUGCGCAGAGAUUGCUUGCAUAUUAAAUGCACAUGGGUGGCAACGAUUAGUGCUUGUGUCACAUUCCUACGGCAGUGUAGUCGCUACGCAUCUCAUUCACGCGCCACAGACCGCCCAGAAGGUUGGCCCAAUUUUGUUUGUUGACCCAGUGGCUUUUCUACUCCAUCUUCCUCAUGUGGCGUACAACUUCACGUACCGAAAGCCGACCCAUGCAAACGAACACCUGCUGUCAUACUUCGGCGCGAAAGACAUGGGCACCUCGCACACAUUAUUUCGACGUUUCUUCUGGGCCGAAAAUAUCCUGUGGAAAGAAGACAUUCAAGACCAUCGUGUCUGUGUGGUCUUGUCCGGCAGAGACAGAAUAAUCGAUGCCAAAGUCGUGGGAGCGUACCUAACAGGAGCGGAUGAUUGGAGUCUUGAACUUGACAUAUGGGAAGAUGGAGUAUGGGAAGGUGACAUGUUAGAGGUGCUAUGGUUUGCAAAGUUAGAUCAUGGACAGGCAUUUGGCGGGGAUAAAGCGAGGAAAAAAUUAGUUGAUGUGGUUAGGAGGUUCUGCGUUGAAGUAUGACUUUUAACAUGGCAUGGAACUGAAGUAAUCUAAAGUAAUGAGGAAGUACGUCAAUAGACUUAUCGAUGUCCCUC